AUGUUUCCUCCAACCGAGACACUCAACCUGUCUAUUACAGCCAUUAGUGGUAUCCUUGGCUCAAUAUCAAUCGCCUGCUGGAUCGUAGUCUUCUCUCCUCAGAUUGUCGAGAACUUCAGACGUAGCUCCGCCGAUGGCUUGUCUCUUCAGUUCAUCAUUGUAUGGCUCGCUGGAGAUGUGUUCAACAUCCUUGGCGCAAUUCUCCAGGGUGUGCUACCUACCAUGUUGAUUCUCGCCAUUUAUUACACGAUUGCCGAUAUCGUGUUGCUGUUGCAAUGCUUCUACUACCGCGGCUUCACCUGGAGAGACGAGGUCGUCCCUCCAAAGCAAAGCUCUCUCGGUGAGGCAAAUGAGCGAACGGGUCUACUCGCCCCCUCAGAUAUGUUGGCCAACCAAGAGCGCCGCUCCAGCACCGUAUCAGCAAGUCAUCUCUCACCAGUCGUCCCACUACUAGAUGCUCCCCGCCCCCAAGACCCCCCAUUUAUCAGUAAACCCACUACACGCCUCCAAGCCACUCUUUUCAACCUCUUUUCCAUUCUCAUGGUCUGCUCAGCGGGUAUUCUAGGCUGGUGGAUCAGCAACGGCUCUCAAAGCGGGCAACCGCACCACCGCUCUCCAAAGCAUCCCCACCCAGAACCCCUAUCCUUCAACCUCUGGGGGCAGAUCUUUGGGUACUUCUGCGCUGUUCUCUACCUCGGCUCUCGCGUUCCACAGCUGCUGCUCAACUAUAGACGCAAGAGCACCGAAGGCGUCUCCAUGCUCUUCUUCCUCUUUGCCUGUAUUGGAAACCUUACCUACGUACUCAGCAUUUUCGCCUACGAGCCCCACUGCACGGGACGCCGAGGACGCUGUGCGCACGGUGAAGCGGGUGCGAUUUAUGGGAGGUAUAUUUUGAUCAACGCUUCGUGGUUGGCGGGGAGUUUGGGGACGCUCUUCUUGGAUAUGGGCAUCUUUGCGCAAUUCUUUAUUUAUAGAGAUGUGGGUGUGACGGGGGAAGUUGCAGUCGAGAAUGGACACGCAAGGACCGAGUCGAGAGAUUCAAGGCCGUUGUUGGAGAGGGACGAUUAG